AUGAGUACAAAUGGUGCCAAUAAUAAUAAGUGUAGCAACGGUGUCAUGGGCUCUUCUGAGCAUGGGUUGCUGCACAAUGUUCUUAUCUCAACGGAAUGGACUUCUGUUGAACAGUCCUUGUUGGAAGAACUGCUUGUCAAAUAUGCCUCGGAUCGUAGAGAAUUGUGUUAUAGAAAAAUUUCAAAGGAAUUACAAGACAAAACAUCACGGGAUGUGGCGUGUCGUUGUCAAUGGAUGACUAAAAAGGAAAUUGGCAAAAGAAGGAAAGACGAGGAGGGUUCAUCAAGGAAGCAGAAUAAUAGAAGGGAAAAAACUACAGAACAACAAGUGAAGCCAUCUUCUCAUGCUGCAAAUCAUGCCAAUGGUCUUCCAUCAUCAUCCUCUUCCAUAAACAAUGAUGAUGGCAUCAAUUACAAAGUUAUUGAUGGUGAGAUAGGGAAGCUUCUUGAACAGAAUGCAAUGGCUUUGCAUCAAAUUUCUGUAAAUUUUACUACUUUGAAGUUACAUGAGAACAUCAAUCUUUUUCGCCAAGUGAGAAACAAUAUUGAUAAAAUCUCGAAUGAGGUAAAGGACAUGCCAGAGGUAAUGAAGCGGAUGCCACCACUACCCGUGAAGCUCAACGAGGAACUUGCCAAGUCUAUACUUUAUCGGACGCAAUCUUGA